AAGUUGCCAAGGUUGGAGAGCCCUGAUUUAAAUCCUGAAUUAAGUCUUGGUGGUCCAUGGCCACAGAAGGUUUUUAAAUGGGAUCCAUGAUGAAGAAAAGGUUGAGAACCACUGUUCUAGAGGAACCUCCAAGCCUGAGAGCAGUGUAUUCUACUACAGAUUUCAUACUGCUAAAAUAUUAGGACUGUAACAGUUCUUUAAUCUAUCGGAUGCAUUCAUGGCAGGUGAGGAAAACUGGACUUGGCCCUGUUGCCAAGACACCCAUCUUAGCCUGUGUCAAUGAUUAAUUCAGUGACUAAUGAUGAGAAAGGAGGAAGUCAUUGGCUGGGGGAGUGGUACCUGUCCCAGUGAGAAGAAAAUGGCGCAUGACCCAAACUGCUCCCUUAUCGGCGAUCAAUUGCCUCUGUCAUCCGAGAUCUUCCAAGUUAUCAAGGCUCAGAUCUGGAUUUUCUUAAUCCCAGUAUUCCUGGGUCUUGUGCAAGUUGGCCUAUUUCUGGAACAAACAGGCUUCUUCUUACGGCAUGGCAAGAGUUCCCAUCGCACCAGUGUCUUGCUUUGGAUCCUGGGAGUUUAUCCGGUAUUCAACCUCACCUCCCUCAUCUGUUUGUACAUCCCUCGAGCGUCCUUUGUCUGUAACUUUGUGGCUUCCAUAAGCUAUUGUGAGAAUUCUGGAUGGCACCCAGCUAAGAAAAGGCUGGCCUCAGUGCAUUGCUUGCAAGUAUUGCCUCCAGCCAUUCUUUGCCUUUCUUUGGGCCAUGGAGUGGAAGCAGCGGACUUCUGCAAGAGGAAACUUGCUUGCUACCACUCCAUCACCCUUUGGAAGUUCCUUGCACUGAUCCGGGACUUCUUUGGUGGCUCAGAACGCAUGCUCCAGGAACUGGCAGGGAAGCGGGUUUCUCCAAACCCUUUCCCGUGCUGCUGCUGCUGCUGCCUUCCUGAGAUUGCUGCCAAUCGAGCAAACUUGCGAUGUAUGACGGUGGCAGUCUAUCAGCUCUCCCUCAUCCGGACCAUCCUCUUCUUCAUCACCCUUAUCCUCUGGACGGAUGAUGAAUACGACUAUGGUGCUGUGGGCUACACCAAUCCCAAUUCCUACAUCAAUGUCAUUAUAGCCAUCUCCACCUUCCUCUCCUUCUAUGGCUAUUUGCUCUUUUACAAGGCCACCAAGCCAGCCCUUGAGGGCUACAACCUGCGCUACAAGUUUGUCUGCAUCAUUUUGGUUCUUGUCCUUUGCGGGCUGCAAAGUGGAAUUGUGGAAACGAUGGGAGCCUUAGGUGCCAUUCCUUGCAGCCCAUCUCUCUCACCUGUUACUCGCUCUCAAAUGAUCUACUAUUAUGCUUUGGCCAUUGAGAUGUUCUUUAUUGGCAUAUUUGCUCAUUAUUCUUUCCGAAGAAUUGAACCUUCCAUGGAAGCUGAGCAAGUCAUCCACCAUCAAGCCUCUCAGACCCAGGAAGGCCCAUCUGGUCGUUGUAGCCCCGCUGACGGUGUAUCUAUGGAGGGAACAAACCCUGGCUACCUCUGUGAUGAGGCUUUUUGUACAAUUGAACAUUCUCCCCUGGAUCGCUUUGAUUUCAUUGUCAAGGAGCCUGUGAACAGACAGCAGCCAAGCUGGGGACUUGGCUGCCAGAGAGGGGGAGCCCUGAAGGCGGAGGGACUUACGUUAAGCCUACAACAACCUGGAACCGAAGUGUCAGGUGAAAUCCAAAUCCAAUCCCACGUUAACAAAAUGGAAGCAAAUGGAGCCUCUGCUGUAUAGCCACUUUCUUUAAAGGACGGAGAGCCAGUGACAGCUGAAUCCAGAAGGAUGCAUAAUGUCAAGGCAUACAGACUGGUGUGGAGAGAUACUGAACUCUAGGUAUGGCCAGGCAAGAAUAAGCACCUGUGUGCAGAUAUGCCCAGAAAUAUAAUUUUGUGGGAAAUUUCAGUGCUUCUAUUUUAGGUGGAAAACCUUUGUUCUAACAGUCGCUGAAUUGCCUCAGGAUAGAUUGUGAACACCUGUUGGGAAAACAGAACCAUUGUUCUUUUCCUCUUAAUAGGGCUGUCAAACUCCCGGCCCAUGGGCCGGAUGCUUCAUUUGCUGGUCAUGCCCACGCCUGGUUUAGCGAAGGGGGGAAAAAAGUCCCGAUACAUCAUGUGAUGCCGCUAUGACAUGAGUUUGACACCCCUGCUCUAUAACAACCCUUCUUUAUACUUCUCCUUUUCCUCUUACUCUUUCCGGAAGCCUAACUUAUUCUCCUGUGAAGAACUUUUCAGGUGGAGCAGGAAAUUAGGGUGAAGCCCCCCCCACUGUUCAACAUUACAUCCCUGCUUGCAGUACUCACUAAACUAAAAUAUGGUUGGCUACUUUAUAGCGCCAUGCAUCGUACAAACCCAGACACUAUAAUUAGGUAAGGAUUCAGCACACUGAGAAAACCUAGGAAUUUGGAUUUAAUUUGAAGACUAUACUUUUAUGUGUGCUUU